AGAUCUGAUCGAUUUCUUCAACACAUCAAAAGCUUCUGCCCUAAAUUGCUUCCCGGAAUAAUAAACAACCAAUUACCCGAAUCCUGCAAUUUUUGUUCGCCGGUGAAAUCAACGUCGGAAAUCGAAAGCGAAGAUGUCGCACAACGAUACCACACCACUUUAUCAAUCGUCUCAGUCGGACAUCGACGAGAUUGAGAAUAUGAUGAACGACGGAUUUCAAUCCGGUCCCGGAACCGUCCUUCCUGCUCGUCCGCCGAGUCCGAUCCGUCCCUCCAUUCCCGUUUCAUCCUCGCCGUUUGUUCAAUCGAACCUUCCACCGCUCCCGCCGUCUUCCUCUUCCUCCUCCUCAGCUCAGAAGGUGACGCCUGUCCCAGUCCCUCCGUCUCUUCCUCCGGCGGGAAAUUUCGGCAGCUCCGAAGGUCCCAAGACCAUCGGAGGGAGCGGAUUCGGAUCUCCGCCGAACACAUUGACGGAGCCUGUGUGGGAUACUGUGAAGCGAGAUCUGUCGCGGAUCGUGAGUAAUCUGAAGCUCGUGGUUUUUCCGAAUCCGUAUAGGGAGGAUCCUGGGAAGGCACUUAGGGAUUGGGAUCUUUGGGGACCUUUUUUCUUCAUUGUCUUCUUGGGGCUUACUCUUUCAUGGUCUGCUUCUGUCAAGAAGUCCGAAGUAUUCGCGGUGGCUUUUGCACUGCUUGCAGCUGGGGCAGUGAUCCUCACACUAAAUGUGCUGCUACUGGGAGGACAUAUAAUAUUUUUCCAAAGCCUAAGCCUUUUGGGUUACUGUCUGUUUCCACUUGACGUUGGAGCAGUGAUCUGUAUGUUGAAGGACAAUGUGAUACUCAAAAUGAUCGUUGUGUGUGUGACUCUUGCAUGGAGCUCUUGGGCCGCUUAUCCUUUCAUGAGCGCCGCUGUGAACCCGAGAAGGAAAGCUCUCGCACUUUACCCGGUCUUCCUCAUGUAUGUCUCUGUUGGCUUCUUGAUCAUUGCCAUUGAUUAAACUCGAUCUGGAAAAUGGAAAAUCAGAGAUAGCUUCUUUGAUUCUGUUUCGAAAUCAUUUGUCACAAAGUAGAUAGAGAAUACUCCACCGCGAAAUUAUCUGAGUUCUAAUGAGAUCAUAUGUAUAAUAUGUUCUUUAACACUUUUUGUUAAAACUCUGGUCGACUUUACUUUAUAUCUUUUUUUUUGCUGUG